AACGCGCUGUCGCUGCCGACGUGGGUGAUUCACGUCUCGUCGCUCAUCGAGUGGCUCGUCGCGAUGGGGUUGAUAUGGGAGUACGCGGACGUCAGCGGGAAGCGGGCGUACAAAGGGCUGACGUGGGGUAUGAUCCCGGGGCACGCGAGCGGCAUCGCCGCGUGCACGUUUCAUCUGUUCUACAACGCUCCGGUGUUGAGCGCGGUGGUGGCGACGCAGGCGGGGCUGACCGUGUUCGGGAACGUCACGCUCGCGAUCGCGGCGUAUCACAUC